GUGAAAAGGGUGCUAAAUUGCCGGAAGAAACGGCCGAAUUACUAGAACGUCAACUCGACGCUGAAGAAAAUGCUACCGAGCAAAAUGAAGCAGAAACGCUUAAUACAAUGGACAUGAAUCAGGGUUCUGAAACAUCAUUCGAGGAAAGUACUGAGGCUAUGGAGGUAGUUCGUAACAGUUUUUUAAAAGUGAUCGCACAAAAGCCAAGAUCGGAUAACGUGCGCGAUGACCUUUCAGUUGGUUAUUAUCUUACAACAGGAGAUAGCCAAAGAUUGAAAAGUAUUGAACAGGCGCUCCAAGAACAGCGCCAGUUGCUCGAGACAAUUGCUUUGCAAAGUCGUCAGGUACUUUGA